AUGAAGGCCGCCACGAUCCUCAUCGCCCUCUUCGCCAGCAUGGCUUCCGCCAGCCUCCGUAACGUCCAGUGCCACGGAAAGCCCCCCUCCGGAUGGGGUCCCCCUAACUGCAACGACGCGGACAAGACCGCGUGCAAGGAUCUCUGCACCAACGGAAUGAUCAAGUGCUCGGAUGGGCUCCCCAAGAACGGUGAUGGGUACUGGUAUGCGGCACCCCAUCUCUCCAGUAACGUGAUCAUCGAGGCAUUGCUGACCUGA